AUGGAAAAUAAAUAGUCCCUUUAAAUUCACAUAAACUUAACUUAGUUUAUUUAAAAAUAGAACAAAGAAGAAUAAUCAGCAAAGUUAUAUGAAGAUUGGCAUCAGUUAAUAAAACUAAAAUUAUAAGGCAGCAAAUAAGAUGAUACUCGCAAAUUAAUUUAUGGAAGAUUAUCAGAAACUUAAUAAAAGAGUAGAAGAUUAACACCAAAUCAGACUAUAUAAAAAGACUAAGAUAUCAUUAAAGAUAUAUAAAAUAUUAAGUUUAGAUUGCAUAAAAUAGAUUGA